AUGACACGGCUAACGUUAGGGAUGAUUUUCUUAGCUUUUCUUGUGACUUUCGUCGCGUGCAACGCUCCACCAGUCCCGUUAGAUGAUAUUAUCAUAGAGAAAACCUUCACACCGGAGCAAUGCGGCCGGGUAGUCAAAACGGGAGACUACGUUCGGUAUCAUUACAAUGGCAUGUUUCCUGACGGCAAAAAAUUUGAUUCCAGCUACGACAGAGGAUCCACCUAUAAUGUAUUCGUUGGGCGCAAGCAGCUGAUCGAGGGAAUGGACAGAGCAUUGUUGGGCAUGUGUGUAAAUGAACGACGUCUUGUCAAAAUCCCACCGCAGCUCGCCUAUGGGAAAGACGGCUACGGUGACAUUAUCCCUCCAGAUUCCAUCCUCCAUUUUGAUGUGUUGCUCCUGGACAUUUGGAAUCCGGACGACAAGGUGCAGAUAGACGCUUACUACAAGCCGGAAAAGUGCGGCCGGACUGUGGAGGUCUCUGACUUCAUCCGUUACCACUACAACGGAACGUUGCUGGACGGAACUCUCUUUGACUCCAGUCACACUCGCAUGCGCACAUAUGACACCUACGUGGGGAUUGGUUGGUUGAUCGCUGGCAUGGACCAGGGACUUCUGGGAAUGUGUGUAGGAGAAAGACGCAUCAUUACCAUGCCUCCUUUCCUGGGCUAUGGUGAAAAUGGAGAUGGCAGUGAUAUUCCUCCUCAGGCGUCAUUGGUGUUUGAUGUGGUUCUCCUUGACCUCCACAACCCCAAAGACGAGAUCACCGUGGAGACGCAGUUUCUCCCAGAUCCCUGCCCACGGAAGAGUGAGAUCGGAGACUUCAUGCGUUACCACUACAACGGAAGCCUGCUCGACGGAACCUUUUUCGACUCCAGUUACUCGAGAAACCGGACAUAUGACACAUACAUUGGUAAAGGCUAUGUCAUUGCUGGGAUGGAUCAGGGUCUUCUGGGAGUGUGCGUUGGGGAGCGCAGAAAAAUCACCAUUCCUCCACAUCUGGCAUAUGGAGAGGAGGGGACAGGUUCUAAAAUCCCAGGAUCUGCUGUGCUGGUGUUUGAUGUUCACAUCAUCGAUUUCCACAACCCGUCUGACACCGUGCAGAUCACCAGCGUGAAACCAGAGCUGUGCAGCCCUAAUGCCAAACGUGGGGACUAUGUCAAAUACCACUACAAUGCCAGUCUAAUGGAUGGCACUUACCUCGACUCUACACUGAGCUAUGGGAAAACAUAUAAUGUGGUGCUGGGGGCUGGACAGAUUGUGCCAGGCAUGGAAGAAGGGAUGAUAGGAAUGUGUGUGGGAGAGAAACGUAGGCUGGUGGUCCCACCUCACCUGGCCUACGGGGAGAGGGGAGUAGACGGGGAGGUCCCGAGUAGUGCGGUGUUGGUGUUUGAGAUUGAGCUGAUGGAGCUGGAGGAGGGACUCCCUGAGGGUUACAUGUUUGUGUGGAAUGGAGAUGUGUCUCCAGACCUCUUCAUCGAAAUGGACAAGAACAAAGAUGAACAAGUGGACCCUACGGAGUUCUCAGACUACAUCCUCCGUCAGGUGGACGAGGGCAAAGGUAGACUGGCCCCUGGGUUUGAUCAGCACCGUAUCAUCGAGAGCAUGUUUGACAAUCAAGACCGCAACAAGGAUGGACGGAUUACGGAGGAGGAAUUCAAACUGAAGGCAGAUGAAGUAGCUGCUCAUGACGAGUUAUGA